CUAUUUGGGAAAAUCCGGUGGAAGUCGGUGAGACGUUUUAACCCCGUGUUGCCUCAGGUUCGAGGAGGGCCGGCUUCUUGCAUCCCCAAACCCCACCGACCGCUACUACUGCGUGCCCACGAACUCAAUCACCGAUUCAAUCAUUCCAGCGUGUGCAGCUCCAAUUUCUUCUCUCUCCCCUCUUCCUGUCAUUCCAUCGAUAGUUUCCGUCUCCUUCCAUUGCGGGGGAUUUGGCCUGGUAGAUUAAGGAUAUGUGCUUCCUGCAAACAAAAUGUAUUCACCUGAUCUGAAUUUGAUGGAUAACUGAGACCGGAGCACAGUGAGGGUCCUGUCUUCAUUCGGUUCUCAGAUACCAUCCAUAAGCUCAGUCAGUAUCUAGUGUUUCAGCAAUGGUGCUUGGUCUCCGAACCAAGACAAAGAAGGAUGCCGCCAUCCAUGUAGACUUCAAUAUCUUCAUCCAAGAAAUAAGCCCAUGGCCCCCUUCUGAAUCCAUCAAAUCUUUGCGCUCUGCGGUUCUCUUUUGGGAAAAUGGUGAGCGAAAUUCUGGGAAGACAAACACUGUUGCACCAUCAAUCGGGUCAGGUUCCACAGUAGGUAAGAUUGAAUUUAAUGAGUUCAUAAGCAUACAGGUUGUUUUUCAAAAGGAGGGGUCAUCCAAAAGUGGAAAGUGGCAGAGGAAUCUGCUCGAGUUGAAUUUAUAUGAACCGAGAAGGGAUAAACUCAAGGGACAGCAUUUGGGGACUGCAACCCUAGAUUUGGCCGAGCAUGCAAUGUUUCACGAGGACGCUGCUGUUCCAGUGCCUCUCAACUGUAAAAGGAGUUUUAAAAGCAAUGCACAUCCUAUGAUUUAUCUUCGAAUCCAGCUGUUGGAUGGGGAUAGCUCGAGUGUUUCCUCCAGAGAUGCAUUAUCCAAAGAGGCAUCAGUUGAUAAGGAUUCAAAGGAAUUUAUGUCGGCAACAAUGAGUGAGGAGUACACUGAGGAUGCUGGGUUUGCUUCCUUCACUGAUGACGAUGAGGAAGAAACUCCAUAUCCGUACCGCUCUGAUGGGAGUGUGCACACAGGUAGUAAUAGAUCCCAGGACUCUCUCAAGGGAAAGGAUGUCAGGGUAGUUGGUAAUGAAGGCACCAGCUCAUCACUGGAUUCCCAGCAUGAAGUGCCAUCUUCCAGUACAAAAGUGAGGACUGAAGAAGUUGAAAAUCAUCCGAUUCAAAUUCAAAAGGCAAGCAUCCAUCCAGGGAUGCUGUCUCUUUUAUCAGAUUUACCCAGAGAACAAUCUCCAUCUCUUCCACCACACAGUGCUCUCAGAACUGGUCGUAAAAUGUCAUUUGCUUAUGGUAUGACUGACUCCAAUCAAAGACAAUUUGGCGACAGAACAUAUAGCACUUUAACUAGUGAUAGAGAAAAGAAUAUGAGGUUCAGUAUGAGAGUUCCAGAUGUUAACGGAAGUGCCAUAAAUAAGAAAGUUGAUUCCCAGAAGGAAGAAGUGAAUGAAGUUGAUUCCAAAGAUAUCUUAAUCGCUCAUCAUACUAAGGGCAGCACUGAUAAUGUAAUGCAAGCCCAGGUGCCAAUACGCAUUUCAAAUAGUCGAAGUGACAACAAAGUUCGAGAACUGGAACUUAAAGUUGAGAUGCUUGAAACUGAGCUGCGGGAAGCCGCUGCUUCCGAGAUAGGCCUUUAUUCUGUUGUUGCAGAACAUGGUAGCUCAGCAAACAAGGUCCAUACACCAGCACGAAGGCUGUCUAGGCAUUUUAUUCAUGCAUUUAAAAACUGGCCCAGAGAAAAGAUGGGAAGUGCAGCAAGGAGUGCUUCCUCUGGGCUGGUUUUUGUCGCAAAAGCUUGCGGAUAUGAUGUUGCAAGGUUGAGUUUCUGGCUGUCAAACUGUGUGGUGCUGCGAGCAAUUGUUACUGAGACUUGUAAGCAAUCGGACAACGGAAAUAGCAUUAAUGCUGCUGAUUAUAAUUCCAGCACAGCAUCCAGGAGAAAUUCUGCAUCAAUGUGGGAAUCACUUAAUCGGAAGAAAGGAAAACUGCUUUCACCUGAGUUUGAUAACUGGGAAGAUAUUGACACGUUUAUAGCUGCAUUAAAAAAGAUUGAAUCGUGGAUAUUCUCACGGAUUGUUGAAUGCAUUUGGUGGCAGGCAUUCACACCACAUAUGCAAUCUGCUUAUAUAAGUAGUGAAUCAAAGACUGGUUUGAAUCUGAAGAAACGUUAUGGAAAGAUUACUGCUGUGGGCAAUCAGCAACAAGCAACCUUAUCAAUAGACAUUUGGAAUAAGGCUUUCAAACAGGCAUCAGAGAAGAUUUGCCCAGUAAGGGCAGCUGGGCAUGAAUGUGGGUGCCUGCCUGUGUUGGCCAAACUUGCGAUGGAGCAGUGCAUAGCUAGAUUGGACAUAGCAAUGUUCAAUGCUAUUUUACGGGAGUCAGAAGAUGAGAUUCCAACAGAUCCCAUGUCUGAUCCAAUAACUGAUCCGAAGGUUCUUCCCAUCCCAUCUGGAAAAUUUAGCUUUGGUGCUGGGGUCCAACUGAAAAAUGCUAUUGGCAGCUGGUCCAGAAGCCUUACCGACUUGUUUGGUAUGGAUAUGGACGACUAUCUAGAAGUUCAGAAUGGGGAUGGUGAAAAUGGCAUUUCUGAAAUUCGCAAACCAUUCUAUUUUCUAAAUGCAUUAAGUGAUCUCCUAAUGAUCCCCAAAGAUGUGCUCAUUGAAAGUAGGAAAGAGCUUUGUCCUACCUUUAGUUCAUCGAUCAUAAGGAGUAUACUUCAUGGCUUUGUGCCGGAUGAAUUUUGCCCAGACCCAAUUCAAGAUAGUUUGCUUCACGCUCUAGAGUUGGAGGAGCAUCUAGAGGGCAGCGACAAGGGCAUACAAGCGGUCCCCUGCAGCGCUUCUCCCAUCUUGUACUCAUACCCUGCACCUGGAUCAGUCCUAAGCAUCAUUGGCGAUCCUAGGAAGAGUGGAUCGGCAGUCCUCCGUAAGUCCAACACGAGCGAUGAUGAGCUCGAUGAGCUGAGCUCGCCAUUGAGCUUCAUCUCCAAGGCUCCAGCGAAUCCACUUGCCAAGCUGAAGCAGAUCAGCGGCUCCAACAUGGCGAGGUACAGGCUCCUUCAUGACGUGUGGAGGCUAGAUGACCAGUAGUGGCUCACUAGUCCUAGCAUCUUAUGUCAGCUUAUGUGUAACCUGUUGUAUGUGUGUUCAGUCACCAGCACCAAUGGGAGGGAGAUGAAACACAACGUUUUGUCAAAAUAAUUUGGGUGCAUUUAGAACAUUCUGUUUUGCUUCAAUAUGGUUCUGGCUUUCCCAGACUGAA